AUGUUCAUACCCGACACGCUCCGCAGCUGUAUGGUGGAGCCAGACGUUUCUACUUACUUGCAAGCUCCGUCCUCAGGCCAGGAUGAGUUUCAUCCAUUCAUCGAGGCUCUGCUUCCACACGUGAAAGCCUUCUCUUACACGUGGUUCAAUCUGCAAGCAGCAAAAAGGAAGUUCUUCAAAAAACACGAGAAGCGCAUGUCAAACGACGAAGAAAGGCACUGCAAGGAAGAGCUCAUGAACGAGAAAGUCGAGGUGAAACAGAAGUGGGCCUCUCGGCUGCUCGGCAAACUUAGGAAAGACAUAACGCAAGAGUGUCGAGAGGACUUCGUUCUGAGCAUAACAGGCAAAAAGCCUGCCAUGUGCGUCCUCUCUAAUCCAGACCAAAAGGGCAAAAUGAGGAGGAUAGACUGUCUUCGUCAGGCCGAUAAGGUGUGGAGACUGGACCUGGUGAUGGUGAUUCUGUUCAAAGCGAUUCCCCUGGAGAGUACGGAUGGCGAACGCCUAGAGAAGUCACCAGACUGCGCUCAUCCCAGUCUCUGCGUCAACCCUUACCACAUAAACGUCUCCGUCCGCGAGCUCGAUCUUUACCUAGCCAAUUUCAUCAACAGUCACGAGCUAUUGAGUGGAAUAUGUGAUAGCAAUAGCGACAAAGGGGAAACAGGGUAUUCCCACAAUCCGUACAACGGGGUUGUUCACAACGACACCAUCCUCGCAACCGGAGUCUUCAGCUCAAAGGAGCUGUGGAGGCUUUCCAAAGCUUCCAUUGUUCAUAACCCGAACGGUAUGCAGCCACCGAUAAAUGUGAUUAAGAUUGAAAGUCCCAGCUACUACUGUAGUAGUUAUACUCCACCCGCCACUGACCAUACAUCCAUGAUGGCUUCAGGAGCUUACAGUCCGCUCUCCCUACCACGUAACACGCAAAGCCCCGUGGAGCCGCGAAACAAGAGGCGCAGAUUAAGUUCCACCGAGGAAGAUCUGGAGAAGGGCCCCACUGGAGAAAUGACUUACUACGGCCAGAGUCCUGCCUCGCUGUCUAGUCAGGCCAGCUGGCACUCUGAUGUCGAGCAUGGAAUACCUGGAGGUCCCGGAGGUCAGCAUAGUAGUGUGGCAUCCUUAGCCACAUCCACCUAUUACCAACCAGGGGAGCAACAACAUAGUCCAGCCAAAUACCCGGAGAACGGACAUGACACACUGUCAGACUUUGUCACGUUUGUGUGCUCUCAAGAAACGGAGAAUCCUCAGCAAGGGAAUCAGGCUGGACCCUCAAGAAGUCCUUCGAAACUUGCAACUUCUUACUACCCCAGCCCAAGUUCGAUGCUCCCCCCACCACCGCCUCCGCCUAUGGCACGACCGGUUGCUAUCAUACGCUCAACAGAAUCUGUUAUAACUUAUGGUCUGAUGCCCAAGGACUCGACAGCUUCCAACACCUAUCUUAAUAGGAAUCCAAAAGGCGAGCUGACAGUCUCAGUGACUAAUCCGUCACCUCCGCCCGUAUCGGACACAAGUCCCGAGCGAGUUUCCCCACCGUCACAGCCCACGCAAGCCGAGGUCCUCAGUCAUGGACCCGGACGUUCCGGGACUGUCGUAUCCAGUCCGUUUGCUGUAUCCAGAGAGUAUCCCGUACCGUUCACUCAUAUACACACUCAGCCUGGACAACUUUUCAGCUACCCGAGUAUAAGUCCAGUGAGUGCGAUGUCGGGAGUGAUCAGUCCAACCAACCUGAGUCUAUUUUCGUCGCCGGUCUCAGUGAGUUCUCCUCGGAUGUCGUCUCGGCCCGGACCCCCUCCCAGCAUCCCGAUCUCCCGUUGGACCCCCCCUGGACCCUCAGGACCCCCCACUGGACCCACUUCGGGCGCUUUCAUUAGUCUUGACGAAGAUUAUAUGAUGACUCCACUGAUCUCUGGGACUAACCCCGAUUCGAAUAACGGAUUGAUAGAUGAUGAACGCUACUUCAACACAGUUGUGGAGACGAGCGAACCAAUGGACACCGGUCCAGGGGGAGCCAAUGGCAACAGUGGUCCUCAGAGUCCCCCUCCUCGCACCCCAUCCGGAUGCACCCCCUCUCCCCCAAAGUCACAGUCAUCGUAAGCUCUUUACCGAAUGAGAGUGUCUCCAACAUGAGACGAUAGCUAUUACUUUGCUCAAUUGUUAAGAUAGUUGAAAAAUUGAGAAUCAGGGCUUCGUUUGGUUUUUUUUUGUCAUCGAAUGAACAAUGGACAAUGUGAUGGUAGUGAGGGUUCUUUCUGUAACGUAAAGGAACCCGAUUGAGCCUUGAUUGAUUUUGUAUGUCCUUUUUUCUAUGAGAACGAUUGCUGAAUGGCAUGUCAUAUGACAGUUGGAAUCAAAAUGCCGAUUAGGCAUGAUAUUUAUUAUGAUAUCCCUAUAUCUUUGCUCUUACAUUCUCGGAAAGAGCUCUGAAGUUUCCACUUACCAUCCUAGAUAAAAUAGGAUCCGAAAGAGUUUUAACUGAUUUAACGAUUGAAUGGUUUGGAAAAGUACGAUCAAAAUUGUUGUAGAAGAGAGAGUUUCAUGUCAAUUUUGAACUCGCACCGUUCAUAAACAUAUUUUAAGUGUAUCAUCAUAUUAUUCUUUACUCACUUCAUUUAUAUCAUAAUUUCCAUUCAUAAUUGAUUGAAGAUUAGUUCUGAGACAACAAAAUAAUUAUGUAUGUUGAAAGUCCAAUUUUAUACUUGACUAUUUCGAGUGCUAAAGCUCCUGAGUACUUAGAAUAAGCAAUCCGAUAUGUGAUUAUUAAAAGUUCUUCAUCAUGAUUGUGAAUUCAUUGACAAUACAAUAAUGGAUUUUCAUUUUUCUCCACCAUACAAUGAUUAAGUAAAAAUUACCAGCUGCAGCUCACCAUCAGAGAUGAUUGACAGUUUAAUCAUAAUUGAAUUUGAAUAUAUUGUGAAUAUCAACUUCAAAUGAAGUGAAUCGAAGUCGAACAUUUUCUCUAUGACAAUUCAAGAUAUUAUUUUCUAAUGUUGGCUACACUUAACUUGAAUUGGUUCAUUAUUGGUUUAGUUGGUUUAUCGGUUUUAUAUUGGUUUAGUUGGCUAAAUUAACCUUAUUGGUUUAUUAACUUUGUGAGUUGUCCUUACGUUACGUGAAAACCUACACUUUAUUGAUUAAUUCCAUUACACUGCUCAACGUGGUGCGUGAUUUAAUUAGGUUCAUCUGUUGCUGUAAUGUUCAAUCUAUUACGAACUUGAUGUAUGGCAUGCCAUAGUAAUCGUUCCUGCCAAACAAUAAGUCAACGCUACUAGAAUAUUUUAUUCUUUUCAGAAUAAAGAGCUAUUGUUGAGAAUUUUAUGUUUAAAAUUGUGGCUUCGUGAAUGAAACGGAGACCACAAGUAGGUAGUCUUAGAUCGAAAAGAUUUAUUGAUUCUCAUAUUGUUCAUAAGAAUUUUUCUCUUAGUUUUACACUAAGACACUUAGUCAUUGAUGAGUGCUGUUUGAAGUAAUAUUUUUAGCUAACCAGAAUGUGAUAAGUUUCUAGUUCGAUUUCUUGUACUAUUUAGGUUUCCAGAAUUUAUGAGGUUUGGUGCCACUUUUCUAUAAAUAAAAUAUUAAUAAUAAUAAUAUAAUUAUCACGAUUGUACAUACAUUUAUAUUAUGUGUUUUGUUAGAUUUAAUUUUUUUAGUUGAAAUAACAGAUGUAGAAUAAUCUCAUUGACAAAACCUCGGCAAAUCCAAUUAGUUAAUGUGUUAUGAUUUUGCCGGGAUUUGAACUUUGAGUAACAUGUUUUUUCUAGGAAUUCCUUUCAUUGGCCCUACAAUAUCAAUUAUGGUUCAUUUUAGUUUCAGCAUGAUCCCUCUUUAGAGGAAUAUAUUUUGUUACCAAAGAGAUACCGGUAGAGAUUUAAAAAUAAAGUGUCAAUAAAAUUUGAAUAGAUGUGUGAGAAAAUCUAAAACAAUGCCAUAACAGUUUUUAUCAUUCGACAAACCUUUUUAUCAGAUCAUUCUUAAUAUUCUAUCAGAGUUAAGUGAAGUUAAAAUGCAAUACACAUUUCAAACCAGACUAUUUGCAGCUGAUGUAGUUGGCUAAAUGAUUAUCAUUGAUUUUUAGAGUUAACUGAGAAUCAAAAUUUUGUAAACGAGUUGGAAUAAUUUUGAUUUGUUAUAGAAUUUGUAUUUGAAAUCUGUUAUGUUUCCUAGUCAAAUUGCCUUUAUUGUUAUUAUAUAUUUUCUCGUUCAAUUUGAUAUAAAUCUUCAAUUUUUCAAAGUCAUGUUCAAUUUUAUUAGAGUUGUGUUGUGAAAAUUAAUUCAUUAUUGUAUCUUGUUGAGAACUAUAUAUAAAUAGUAUUUACAUUUACAUAAAGUGUUCAUUUGUUAAUUGGUUAAUGUUAAAUUUGUGUGGUAGGAUAUGGUGAAGUGAAAUACUGGUAUGAGGAAAUGUCUCUAUUCAGAUAUUCCAUUGAAUAGUUAUCACAAUGAUCAUCAUUGAGGAUAAUCAAUGAUUAUCACGGUAUUUACCAAUAAAAAUUUAAAUUUUUUCUUUACUGAUCAUAGGAAAUCAAUGUUACAUCGCUAAGAUCUUUCAGGACGUACUUUAGUACUUCCAAUUAGAGAUUUUAUCCCUCAUACCUAAUUUCUACUGAUUUUUAUGGACCAUUUCAGGCUUAGUUAUCAUAAUUGAGAACUGCAAUGAGAAGAUCAGUAUAGAUAAAAAGGAAUUCUCAACUCCCUCAAAAAAAAUCCAGUCACUUCAUCAAAAUUUUGCCAUAAAAGGUAGAAAUAAAAAUCGUUUUUCAAUAUUCCUAGGCUAUUUUUUAUAUUUUAGCGGAUUUUAAAGCUCUUAAACCGAGGAAAAUAUUCAACAAUGAGCAUUUUAAUAAUUCUAUUUUCAUCGUUAUUCAAAAUAAUCAUUUUAGAAAGAAAGGUUUCCAUUUACUUGGUAUAUUCCUUAUGUAUUAUAACGGAUUUGAGAAUUGGCACUUUAAUUUCAGAUAUUGAAGUCAAUUCUAGUGAUGGGUACUUGAAACCGUGCCAAACAUUGUUUUUCUGUAAUAGUUUAUUAUCUUGAAAUCAUUUUCAAUUUCAUAGCAUAAAUAUCUAGCUAGUAGGAAAUCAUUAUUCUGGAUACAAAAGUGUCUUAGACUCUAAGCUGUUGGAGAAGUUCAUAAAAUUAUAAUUAUUCUGAUAAUGAUUUGAAUGUACUGCUCUCUAUUGUUUUCGAUCAAGUUUCAAGCAGGCUAUGCAUCUUAGUUAUAUCUGCAAGAUAAGUUUUUUAUACCUGAAUUAUAUUUACAAGUUAUGUAUAAUAUAUAAUUAUAUAUUCCUUCACAACAGUUGUACAAUUUGAUGUUCAUUGAUUCUAUAUUAUGUUUCAAUUUUUAAUUUGAAUAUCUAAACGAAUUCUGAUAUGUUCUUUGUUUGUUAUUGCAGAGAAAUUUGAAGUAAAACAAUUAAAAUGGACGACUGUCAACUAUUAUUUUAACAAUGUCUGCUAGCAUUAACACUAAAAACCCAUGUGUAUGAAUGUGUGGUGGUUGAAAAUUUAUUUUUUUAUUUUGAUGUAGACUUUUGUGAAAUCAUAUUAAUUAUAAAUUUGUACUAUGAAUCUCAGAGUUAAUUUAUCAACUUCUACAACGGCUCAAGAAGUGGUAAAAUCCAAUCUUUUUAGAUGAAUUCAGUUUAAUUAUCCACCAUCUUCUAUGUCCAUGAAAUUUGAGGAGAGAUCAGUUCAGUAAAUUACAGUAAUAUAAGCUGGAACAGUAUUAGGCAGAAAAUUCCUAAUUCAUUUCAAUAAAUAUUUGAAUUGCGCAGCAGGUUUUAUCAUAAGCAACCUCUGCAACCUACUAUUCAAAAAAUGAGUGUAAAAUUCAAACGGUUAUUUUUUGAAGUUAGUAGAGAUUAAAUUUUUCAGAAUGUGCUUGGAUUUGAUAAUAAUUUUAUUAUUAUUUCCAAGAAAUUUUACUAAUAGAUUAUGUCUUGUAUCAAUAUGAAGUACCGUACCAGUUCGGGAGGUUCUUCAAUUCCAAUUUAUUGCUUUUUAUUCAUUAUUAUAGGAAUUCUUGAUAGUUUUUUAUCGAAUAAACUAGCACCCAUUUUCAAGACACAAUAUUUUUCGGAAAAUUAUGCCAUUUUCGAGUGUCAAAUUGAACUGUUUCUCCUCUAUUAUCAAACAGUUAUUAAUAGUUUCUAGAAACAAAACUUCAUGUUAUACCAAUACUCAACUGAUCAUAAUAUUGAAUAGGUAAGGUACUUUACUAUAUUAUAUACAACUUUUGUUUCAUAGGCCUACAUGCGUUUUAACUCUGAUGAGCACUAAAAUUAAUUCCUAUUCGACUUCUAAAUUAUAUGGAAGAAGUGAAAUUCAUUUUUCCUUGAAUUUUCCAUUGUUAAAUCUGCUUUGCUUUUCUAAAUUCCAUAAAUCUACUACCGGGUUCUAAAAUAAUGUCUAAUUCCUUUUAUUAUUAUUAUGCUCACUCUUCUAACAACAUGAUUUUUCUCUCCAUUAUCUUUUAUUUCAAUAUAACACCGACCAGAACUAUUCAAAUUAUACUAUUAUACAACUAAUAGAAAUGAGUUGAAAACUGUUUGUAUUCUCCAAUUUGCCAAACUAACAUAGAACAUAGAAAAAUGCAUGUAUUCCAGUCAAUAAAACCGUAAAAAGAAGAUAUCAUAAGUACUAACUUGUCUUAAGUUAUUAACAUAAGUUGGUAUUAUAAUACUAUUGCCUACAAGCAACUUAUGCUAUCUUUUUUCUAUGAUACAAAACAUGAUAAAAUUCUCUUAUAAAUAAUUAUUAUAAAUAUUUAACGAUACUUAAUAUUUUUGUUGCAAACCAGUUCUGAAAUUCAAUAUUGCAAUAUUACAGUAGCAAUUCUACACAGAUAACUGGACAUUUUACUAAAAUAUCAGUUGAAUUAUUUGAAAUAUAACUUAAUAGUUCAUCUAUUGUUGAAUCUCAGCAUCUAGCUAGUGAUAGACUAUUAUCGAUAAGUUGCUCCUCCAUUGUAAAGAAGCAAUUUUCUAUUUUAAGAAAGGCUCAAUAAAUAAUGUAUAGUUCACUAUAUUAUUCGAUGAAUAAAUAAUCAAUGAAUGAAUUUGUAUGAGUGCAAGCAUAUGAAUGAUUGAUAUAGAAAGUAGUGAUUAUUAUAAAUUGAGAGGCGCUUUUCAUAUUACUGUUGAGUUUACGAAUUAACUAUCAUAUUCAAGAAUUAUUCCAUAAAUAUUUGUCAAGUUCAUGACCCAGAUUUUCUCAUUAAACUUUUCUUUGGGGUUUAGCCUUCAAGAGUAAAAAUACCAUACAAUAUCUAGUUUUUAUAAAAACUUUAGGAAUGAAUGUGACAUGUAAUUUUUUAAAAGUAAUAUGUACUUAGUACAGGCCUAUUUGACUUGUCAAUGAUCUUCAUACACAUUGAAGAAAUCUUUCAACCCGAUUCAACUUUGUUUUGUAUUCUAUCCAUAAAAAUAUUUCAUUAAUCACUCAUUUUAUUUUAUUAUAUAUUAUCAUAUUAUAUUAUAUUACAUUUUAUUAUAUUAUAUUAUAUCAUAUUAUCCUGACUGAGUAGUAAUGACUUUCAAAUACCUACUUCGGAUUUCCGCAACAUAAUGUUGUACAACAAACUAUCUGUAACGCACAAUGAUAUCAAGAGGAAAUCUCAACCUUUCGCAGGAGAAGCGAUUGAAUUGAAAUCACAUUUCACUCUCAUAAAGAACUAGUAAAGGAUAGCUUAAAAACUUGCUCACAGUCUAAUAAUCUUAUUUUUCAUGAUCCGAAACGGUAAUAAGUGAUAGAAAUGGGAAUCCGACUUCCCUGUUCAAAUAAUCGGAUCAUAAAUUAAUUAAUCAUCUGAUAAUUUGAUCCAAUCAUUUAAAAUUAAUAUUUCUGUUGAUCCAUGCAUUUCCAUCGUGAAAGAUCAUAAUGCUAGGUAUAGAAAAAAACAUGAAUAGGAUAUCACAUUUUGACGGUAUUAUAAAUUCAUUAACCAUAAAUAAUAAAUUACUCUGGAAGAAUUUGUAGCAGAUGGAAAUACAGAGUGGACCACUAGAAACGAACGGUUUUGAAUCGUGCAGUACUCGUCGGCUGGUGAGGGGUGGGGGGACGCGCGCUCAAGGUCACUCAACUUCCCACCACCCACUUACUGUGAUUCAGCCACUGUGGACGAAAUCAUCGCGUAUUUGGAUAUGCCAAACGUUUAUAAAAAGUAGAGAAUCAGUAAUUGAAACUCAAUUCAAGCUCAAUAACAUUAUUGAAAUUCGAUAGCUUUUGAAACAAAUCGAGAUGGAUCUUUCACAUUGAAAUCUAAUUUAUAAAAAUAUGGUCCAGUUAACGCAUAAUAAUGGACAUGAGUGGAAUAUAGCUUUUUAUCAGUAUAGUGUAUAUUCAUGAAUAAUAAAUAACUCUGAUAUAACAGGUACUUUCAAUACAGCAAUUGAUAGUAGUGACAGAUCUGUAGCUAAUAAUUUAAAACAUCAAUACAUACAUGCAAUAAAUCAAAUAAAUCAACAUCAAAUAAGCCAUGCCAUGCAUUCAAAUAAUUUAUAAUUCCAUACAUUUAAUAUAAAAUAAAUAUUGUUAUCAUCCUCCUAAAAAAUGUACGUAUCUUUUGAAGGGUUUCCGAAGUAGUUAGUUGAUUCUUUCAUGAUGGAGUUGUAGAAUCAAAAGUUAUAUUCUAUACAGAUGAAUUAGCAAUUUUUAGAACUUAAGUUGAUGAGGAGAUUUUUUGUCAUUUUAAAUAUUACUUUCGAAGUUGAUUAUUUUAUUAUUUUUACCAAGGUCCCGUAUUGGCUGCUCAUGUCAUUGAAGCUGGACAUGAAGUCGAAUAAUUUGAAUAAUAAUACCGUAUUAUUAUUCAAAUUACUUGGUUGAUUUUAGUAAUGUUGAACACACUUUUUUAUAUAGUGAAUGGUGCUUAUUGAUGAUAUCUUAUAAUACUUAUUGAAGCUGUAGAUGAUAAAUGCAAGUGAUAAUAAAGUAUUGCAGUAAUUAGUCAAUUAAGUCAUGCCAAAGUAAAGCAAUCUUCAUUUGUGAAUUUUAGAGCCAAUUUUGACAAAGUUGCCUUAUUGUAGAGAUAAUUUUCAUCGUAGAAAGUAGUAAUAUUCGCUUACAGAGUAUUUUGCUUUUGUUUUUGAAGUUCAGUUAAAGGGUCAUGGAGAUUUAUGAACGUUUCAAUUGCUAACAUGUAUGAAUAAGACUUACUUAGUUGUUUGUCAUAUAUAUUGGCAAAUAUACCUGUAGUGCCUGAUGAAUUAUGGUACUGGCCUGGCAUAAAGAUAUGAUACGAGUAGUGUAGUUGAGCAUUUGAUGUUAAAUUGAUACAGCACAGUUUACUGAGUGAUAAAUAUUAAAAAUCAAAAUAUUACCCAUGUGAAACAUCUUGUAAAGAAACGCAACACCUUAUGUAUAGUUAGAAUCCAGUUCACAGUAAUUUUUUGUGGUCAAUUAUAGAUCUUCAGUAUGAAAAUUUACAGAUUAUCACUAUCCUGUUUGUACGGCUGUAUAAUAGUUGGAUUCAGUGGUCUAAUAUUCUCUUCAAUCUUAUCACGAAACUCAAUUUUAAAUCCAGGAAUAAAUCAAUACAUUUUUCUUCUUCUCUUGUUCUUGAAGAUUUCCCAAAGAAUUUCUUCACCGAAAGAGUGGAAACUUAUCCUUAGAUAGCAUUCAUGGUAUCAUCUGAAACUGAAACCCUUUAAAGUAGAUUUUUCUAAAUGUGGUAA